AAUUUGAUCAAACUUCUUCACUUGGUCAAUUCACCUUGUAGCAGCAGGGGUGUGGAAAAGCGAGCUCUGCGGUUGUGGACUUUGACCGUUAAAUUCUUCAGGAAAAUACUCGAGCCCGGCUGGAAAAAGCAGAUUCAUUUACUCUGAAAGCCCACAGACCAAACUGCUGCAUUAUGGACCCCAGUAAGUCUGCCAGCGCUCCUCCAGCGGGAUGGGCUGAUGAGAAGUCCUCCAUGGCCCACGCGCCCCCUCCGCCCUAUAAUGACCAGCCGUACCCGGGAUAUCCUCAGCCCGGCCCGGGAUACCCGGGAUACCCGCCACAGCAGCAGGGCUAUGUACCCCCACCGCAGUAUGGAGGUGCACCCUAUGGACAGCAUCCAGGACAGCCGAACGCUGUUACUGUCCAGCCCACAGUGUUCGUGACUCAAGGCCCAUUGACCAACCCUGUCAACGACUACUUGUGCUACUCCAUCUUCACCAUGCUGUGUUGCUGCCUGCCAGUUGGAGUUGCUGCCCUGAUCUACUCCAUCUCAGCUCGUGAAGCCAACCAUGUUGGGGACCGGAUGGGGGCGGAGCGGAGCAGCAGGAUGGCCAGGACACUGAACCAUGUGGCCCUGGGAAUCGGCAUCGGACUCAUGGUCCUCACCAUUGUCUAUGUAGCCGUGAUGUCCAGCAUGUUUAACUAAAUCUGUUUCAGCAUCUUUCCUAUAUUUCCCCGUUCUCAUUCUACAUCAGGUAAUCGGACCACAUCAGGAACAUUAUUGGUCAUCAGGACGAGUUUGUUAAAAAUUUGUAACACUGAAGUCAUCUGAUUGGCUAAAAGCCAAAACCUUUGAAAGGUUGAUAUAUUAAUCAACAAUAGAUGGCCAUCCAAUCCUUUACUCUCCAGCACUGUAGAGUAACCACUACAACCUUCCAAAGAUUCAUAUUUCUCAAACAGUUUUUGUCUGUGAUGUGCCGUUAUUCAUCAAAAAUCAACACUUUUUGUUUUUGACACGAAGUUUAUUGCAACUUGGAUGCCUUAAGAGUUCCGCUUUAAUUCAGUGUUGCUCCUCCUCAUGUGGAGACUGCAAGUGUUAUCCCAAGAGACUUUUACAUGUCGUGUUCAAAUAGCAAAUGAAUAUCAGUACACAGUUUGUAAUGUGUCAGAUUUUAUUUUGAGAUAAGUUUUGUGCAGAGAAUUGUCCGAUUGUAGGAUGGGCCAAAUGUUGCUGCCCUUUCAAAAGAACUGUUGGCUGUAAAUAUGCACUAACACCAUCUAACCCUUGAAAACGUAUACUAACAUAGAAUAACAUUUAAAAAAAUAACUAACCAAGGAUACUCAAAAAUAUUCAGAGUGGUGGAGAUUUACCAUUGUUUAGCUCAUGCUUAAGUAAAAGAAGUAAAAGAAGGAAGGCUGAGUCUGUGUAUCUGAUCUGAGACACUAUAAGCUGAUCUCCUCCUCUUACCAGUCAUUUUUGAAUUGCACCUCCUCUUUAUUCCAGCUGAACACGAAUGCCUAGCUUCACAUAAAAUCAGCAGAAACUUUGCAACAGUGGAGCCAAAAUGGCUGACACCACCAGCUGCUCGAUCGGCAGCUAAGGCUCCAUUCCAAAAGCAUAGUGUGUUAUGUAUGGCCUGGGUGUUGUUUGUCAUGUAAUGUCUGUAUGUUCUUUUCGUAACCAAAGCUGAAAAAGGAGAAAUUCACUGUAUAACAAAUUUCUUUAUAAAUAAAGUAUAGUAUAUUAAGAGAAAAA